AUGGUCAGUUCAGACAUUUCUGAAGAAUCUAAGGACUGGGUAGAAAUCGAAAAUCCGUUUAAUCACCAACCGUCAUCGCCUCCACCCCGACAGCAGCGACUUGAAUACGAACUGAUAAUACGAGACAACUUCUAUGAUGAUGGCUCUUCCGUUUUCCCACCAAGCGAGCAUGAAGACUUACCUCUAGUUGAAGAUGAAGAAUAUUGUUAUUCACCUCGAAUUAUGUCUUCAACACAAUCACCAUUAUCAUCUGCGUGCUCAGAAGUAAGUCCCCUGAAGGAUCUGUCCAUACAAUCAUCAGAUUCGACGCUUUUUGUUAUGAUGAAUAGAAUUGGAACCGGAAUGUAUACGCUUGGAAGAAGAAUGUAUCGGGUUUUCCUUUGCAGCAGUAGCAGGUUUUCUUACAUUGUUCCGGCUUCAGCAAUGACGAUUGUAGCAUUACUUCUCUAUGUGAAGAUUCUACAGUGGCGGAAACGCAUUUUGCAUCUGUUAAGAGAGAAAGACCAGAGAAUCAGCCAGCUUAUGCAUCAGAUAGCUCAUAUGAACGAGAUUUUGUCAGCACGAAGGAAGGUUCCGGUCUUGAGAAUAUAGACAGAAGCAGAAAUGUUCAUUAUACAACUUAUACAGCAUUGUUUUUGCAGAUCUACUCCAGAAACAGUCCAAUUAUAUAACUGAAUUUAGCAGGAAAUAAUAAAUAAAAACAUGUAGUAGAUCCAAAUAGCAGUAUACUCUCUAUUGAGUAAUAAUUACUUCCUCCGUUCUGAAAUACUUGCUACAUUACGGUUAUUGACGCUAUUCUUUAUUCAAGUUUA